AUGAUUCAGAUAUUAUUUAUUUUUUCGAUAAUAAAAACAAUUCGAAUAACAUAUAAAUCAGCUGUAUUAUCAACAAAUGAUAAUAUGUCAAGGAAUAUAUCAUUAGUACAACAAACAAAUCCUAUUCAACUUAUAUCACACACAUCAAAAGAAUUAUAUGAAAUUGUUUCCUUAAUUGGAGAAAUGAUGCCACGUUUGUCAAAUGAUGAACCAUUAUUUCAAAUUGAUCAAUUCUUUCGUUGUAAUUUAUAA